ACAACACAUAUGUUCAUGAAGCAUCGGAAGGUUCAGAGCAUAUCAGAGUCCUGACUCAACCCGUAUGCAGAAACGCCUGGCAUAUGGAUGUCGCUGAUACUAUAUGUAGAGAGGCAGGGUUUCCCGGAGCCUACGAAACUACAUGGAGGAACACUACUUCCGGAUUAAAUGGAACAAGUUAUAAUUGCAACUCAUUCACUUAUCGCCUUCAAGAUUGCAAGAACUUUACAUCCAGUUGUACAGAUGCUUACAAAUCGGUAGUGAUAAACUGUAAUGUUUUGAGUCAACUUGGGUGUUUUAACCUUGUGGAGUACAUCCACCUCCUGUCAAGAAGUGUAAAGCUGAGCAGGGAUCAGUGUCUUACCCACUGUAACUCAUACUCUGCAACUCCAAAGUAUGCUAUACAUCAUAGCGGAAGCAACUGCUCCUGUAUCAAUCAAACUGCAUCGGAUAUUACCAAACUUCCUACAAAUCGUGAUCUUUGCAGAACAACUAGUACAACCACGACCGGACACUGGGCCACUCUCUUUAACGUCUCGUUUGGAUUCUGCAGCGAGCCUCCCGAGCUUCAGAAUGGAUCUUGGAAUAAUACAUCAAAUGGAUUCAUGUACGGCACAACUAUCACCGCUAAGUGUAACGAAAGCUACGAGUUGGUGGGUGAAGAUAGGAAGAUGAGAUGUGACAAGUCAACAACUUCGACAACUCAAGACUUUGAAUGGCAUGGACCCACUCCAUCCUGUCAGAAAAGGGAAACGGAAAUCCAUGUAGGUCCGGCUGAUGAUGUGUCAUUGUCCGGAUCUGGUAAGAUUCUGAAGUUGAAAUGACAACUUAUGAUAGUAUUUUUCUUGUUUAUAAUUAUACACUAAUCAUUCAAUGAGUGUUUAGGAAAUGAUUACUUUUUAAACCAUUAUCAAGAUAUUUGCAAGGAUAUUUUUAAGAACCUCAUUGCUAAAUAAUCAUGCUAAUUAAGGCUAAGCUGGCUCGCAAUCUUAAUGAUAAAAUUUGAUUUAUGAUUCAGGAAAUACUCCAUCCAGGCAAUCGUCUGACUUAAAUUUUAAAAAUUGCGUUUUAAAUCUUUUGAAUAAUAGUGUUUGAAAUGGUUUAACAAAUAUUUCCUUCCUCGUUUAUUCAAGAAUUAAUAUUGGCAGUGUUAGCCUACCAUACGCAACUUGUGCAUGGAAUAAAAUUGUUUAAAACAAGAAUUUUUUGUUCAUUUGCGUUAUGACCAAUGAAAAAAAGAUUAGAGCAUAUGGAUUGUGUGUCAUAUACGUGUAUUUAAUGUGUAACUACUCAAUGUACAAGAAUGGGCUUUAAGCCCUGUGUUUGAGUGAAAUACUCAAGAGUUGCGUUACUAUACUUCCCGAUUUUUGGUUUAUCUUGGAAGACAAGUUUUCAUGUAUGCUAAAUCAUAUAUUGUUGUUUUUCUAAAAC